UUUCUCUUCCUCUUUCGCUUUCCCUCUUCCCCCUUCCUCCCCCCGUUGCCUCAUCGUCAUCGUUCCUCUUCCUCCCUCUGCGCAGGCCUGCAAGGCUUCCUUGUGGUCCUCUGCGUCUUCAUGGGCUUCUCCUUUACCAAAAGACGCAGCCUACAGAAUUUUUUUUUCUGAUUAAAAUGGCAGUUUUCUAAGCACUACCCAUCUCUUAAAACACCAAAAGGAGGCUGAAUUCAGAUUGCCAGGCAUCAUUAGUCAAUGGUUCUUCAUUUCCUCCAGGCAUUGAUCAAGGAAGACGGGAAAAAUCAUGAACGGAUUUGAGUACAGGGGCAUUGGUGGAGAAGCUGCAAGCAAUGAGGCAACCACCUCAAACUCGGGCAUGCCUUCUCCUUCCAAUGUUUACAGGCAUCAGUCCGCUGACAGCGCGUUCGCCAGGCACAUAUCCAGUCGUGUGAAAUCAACGUUCAUAAUCAAGGCUCCACCCACCGAACGCAAACUCGAGUGCACUUUGGAGGAGCUUUGCCAAGGCUGUGUCAAGAAUAUCCUUAUCGCUAGAGAGGUCACCGGAAUGAAUGGGAAGACAGUUCUAGAGCAGGAGAAAUUGAAGAUAAAAGUGAAGCCCGGGUGGAGGACAGGGACCAAGAUCACAUUUGAAUGUUUGGGUGAUGAGCGGCCGGGCAUGCUUCCAGCCGACUUGGUAUUCUUGAUAGUGGAGAAGCAUCAUCCUUUGUUCAGGAGGGAUGGAAAUGACCUGAUCUUGGUGAUUGAAGUCCCAUUAGUCAAGGCUCUUACUGGAUGUACACUUUCUAUACCGCUUCUUGGAGGAGAGAAGAUGUGUUUGGCAUUGAGUGACGUCAUAUAUCCCGGCUAUGAGAAGAUAAUUAAGGGCCAAGGAAUGCCUGACAUAAAAGAGCAAGGGAAGAAAGGGGACCUCCGGGUCCAGUUUCAAGUAAAAUUUCCUGCACACUUGAGUAAGAAACAACAAGAUGACAUCAGGGAACUGUUUAAAGACAUGCCUACUUCUUGAUAAACUUCUCCCUCUUCUCGUUGCUUUCUUUUCACUGUUAAGAAGUUAAAAGCUAGCAACACCUGUACCAUAAUAGUACGAAGAAAACUGUGUAUCAUAAGUUGCAUGAAAACUUUCCUCCCUUUGUGGGCUACAUGGUUUCACCUCUAAAUUUCUGUGGGUAGCGCAUGUCCUUGCAUCAAUCACUUUAACCGGGCCUGCUGCUCUCACUUGG